CUAGCUGUCUAGGAAAGGCCCUGGAUAUGGCUACGUCUAUACUUGGGGUAAGUGCGCAAAUUCUGAUAUAUUUUAAUUCGACGUUUUUUAUUAUUAUUAUUCUUUUAUCGUUGUUGUUGUUAGCAUGUCACUAUUGCUUGCUCGCAUUCAAACCUCCAAGUAACUUUUAGAUGCAUUCCUUAAAACAAAUGUUUUCCAUUCAAGAAAACGCUCUUGUUUUUUAUGAAGAAAAGGGAGUUUUUUUAGAAUUAUAAAAAAACUUCGAUAAAAUAUGAAUAAUCUGUGAAAUAACGUUAAUUUGUACUGCAGAAAGGUCACUUCUUGGUUAAAAAUACAAUAAUAACAAAGCACUAAAAUUAAGUAUGUGUUAGCAAUUAUUAAAUGGCUACCAUAAUGAAUAUGUACAAUUAUUUUCUAAAGCUUUUUAGACAACUCUUUAAUAAAAAUGAAUCUGCGCAUUGAGCGCUUUAUUCGAUGUUUGGGUUUUAUUUGGGGGAGUCAUUGACACUUGUAAAACUAUUUGAUUCUCACACAAGCCAGCUAUGUUUUAUAGUCUAGUAAAGAGCACAAACUUUUCAUCCACACAGGAAGAGCCGCGGUUUGGAACUACCCCUUUAGCGAUGCUGGCUGCGACCUGCAACAAAAUUGGCAACACCAGUCCCCUCACGACUCUCCCCGACUCCAGUGCGUUCUCCAAAGGCGGAUUUCACCCCUGGAAAAGAUCCUCGUCGAGCUGCAAUUUGGGCUCCAGCCUGCCUGGAUUCACAGUCGCCACAAGCCGAAGCACCUCCGGACUAACGACCACCACCGGCGCGGGCAACAGCGCGUUCUGCCUGGCCUCGACCUCUCCGACCUCCUCGGCUUUCUCCGCCGAAUACAGCAGCUUGUUCUCCAACACAACCAGCGUUUCGUCGCAGGACUCGGGACAGUCUGCGUUCAUUUCCAAAGUUCACUCUUCUGCAGACACUUUAUACCCGCGCGUCGGCAUGGCGCACCCGUACGAAUCCUGGUACAAGUCCGGCUUUCACUCCACUAUUUCGGGCGAUGUGGCCAACGGGGCGUCCACGUGGUGGGACGUGCACACAAACCCGGGCUCGUGGCUCGAAGUGCAAAAUCCAGCUGGCACUUUGCAAAGUUCGUUGCACUCCGGGACCCCCCAAGCCAUCCACUCCCAGCUAAGCGGCUACAACCCGGACUUCUCCAGCCUCACGCACUCCGCGUUUAGCUCCACUGGCAUCAGCCCCACCGCGUCUCACCUCCUGUCCACUAGUCAACACCUGUUGACACAGGAGGGGUUCAAAACUGUGAUUCCCACAUACACGGACGCGUCAGCCACGAAUGCCAUGAUAUCGGGCGCCAGCUCUGGCAUCGGGACUUCAUCCAGAUCCUCCAGGAGAUACUCCGGGCGGGCCACAUGCGACUGCCCGAACUGCCAAGAGGCGGAGCGGCUUGGGCCUGCAGGCGCCAGCCUGCGGAGAAAAGGACUUCAUAGCUGUCACAUCCCGGGCUGCGGGAAAGUCUACGGGAAAACAUCUCACCUCAAAGCGCACCUGAGGUGGCACACCGGUGAGAGGCCCUUUGUGUGCAACUGGCUUUUUUGCGGUAAAAGAUUCACCAGAUCCGACGAGCUCCAGAGGCACCUGCGCACCCACACCGGGGAGAAGAGGUUUGCGUGCCCGGUGUGCAACAAGCGCUUCAUGAGGAGCGACCACUUGAGCAAACACAUCAAAACACACACCGCUGGAGGCGGAGGCAAAAAGGGAAGCGACAGCGACACCGACACCAGCAACCUGGAGACCCCCAGGUCCGAGUCGCCCGAACUGAUUUUGGAGGGUGUAAACCCACGGGUCACGGUCAAAGAUCAGUCUCCGCACCACGAGUCCUGAGCGCGAUUUUACGACAAUGACCUCAAAGCGUUUGUUUCUCUCUCCCCCCUCUCUCCAAGGUGAAUCAAGAAAAGGAAACGGGUCUGGAGUAUGUGACAUUUCUUGAGACUUUUGCAUUGGAAAGAGUGAAUUCAGUGCAACACUGGCUAUAAUUCUGCUCCGCACAGACAAACACCUCACUUUUCAGGACGAUUCAAAGUCUCGGAAAGGCUCGGUAUUUUAAUAAGAGUGGACAUUCGGUGUGGAAUCAGUGCGCGGUAGAGGAACUAAAUAGCCUAGCUUUGGCUGAGCUAACUGUGUACAUAUAUCCACAAAAAUAUCAUGUUAUUUUUUUCCCUCCUGUAAAUGUUACUUAUGACUGUUUUGUGGUGGAUCCUGAAAUUCAGGGAAUUUUCUUUCCUUUCGACGCACUUUGUGGAUGUCAGUAUGUAUGUUACACAGCUAUUUAAAAUUCAUUUAACCUUUCCUUUACCUGGCUAAAAAAAUAUAUAAAUGUUUAAUUGUAUAAAGUCACGCUUAUAAGGCUUUCAUUUUGUAAUUAAAGGGAUUUAAAAUCUAAA